CGAUUUUGAUGAUUUUUGAAUCGUUAGAGCCAAUAGAAUUGAAGGGGGAUUUCCACAUACACACCAACGUUACCAUUGAGAAAUGAGAGCUAUGCGCACGCAGUUUGCCCGAAGCGAAACUUAUUUUACGCUCUGAAAUCUGAAAACUAGUUGUAUUGCUCAUGGAUGAUCAGAAAUCAUUCAAAGUGACACAUUGGAUUAACCUAUGGAUUAACUUCAGCAGCGUUUUUAUCAUUUUAAUGCCAUUGAAGACCACUUUAGAUCAGAAAACAACAAAGAUGAUGUCAGAGUCCAGCCCCCUCACGUCUCACGUCCUGAACACAGCAGACGGGGUGCCAGCGGCUCGUCUGCCCCUCAGCCUGCACAGACUGGAUCCCCGGAUCAUGAUCUGGACCCUGCUGAGUGUCGGAACUACAAAUGAAGAUGGCCGCUGCGCAGGGCUCAUCAGCAGAGAGGCGUUCGGCCCCGGGAUGUACAAACUGCGCUUUGAGACGGGAUCGUACUGGGAGAGUCUGGGUCAGAGCUCCUUCUACCCGUAUGUGGAGGUGAGAUUCAGCAUCUAUUCAUCUGGAGCAGGAGAAUCUAUAAACUAAGACAUGGUCAUCAGCUGCUGUCAAACAAAACUCAUCUACAGUUUCAUAUGUAGUGUCUCUACUUUAAAGAGUCCUCUCCUACUGAUGUUCAGGUGUAUAUCAGUAUGUAGUGUCUCUACUUUAAAGAGUCCUCUCCU